GAAUUUAUUCCCUUGCGUCUCCUCCGCAAGGACAUUCUCAGUCACGAUACGCGUCGUUUCACCUUUGCUUUGCCCAAUCCGAAGGCCGUCCUCGGAUUGCCCACCGGACAGCACGUCGUCCUCAAGUGCACGCACCCGGACACGGGCAAGCCCGUACAGCGCUCCUACACACCCGUCACGGAUAAUAGGGUCCUGGGGGAAAUGGCUCUCGUGAUUAAAGUCUACCGUCCCAACGAUGUUUUUCCGCAAGGGGGCACCAUGAGUCAGCACGUGGACGACUUGCGAAUCGGCGAUGCGGUGCUCGUCAAGGGACCCAAGGGACACUUGAACUUUUACGAUCCCACCGUCGCCGCCUUUACCGUCAAACCACUCGGCAAGCCGCUGGAGUCACGGACGGCCCGGAAUAUUUGCUUGUUGGCCGGGGGAACCGGACUGACGCCCUGUUUGCAAAUCUUGCACGCCAUUUUUCGACACGAAAAUAACGAUAAUAGUCACGUGUCCUGCAAAAUGAUCUACGCCAACCAAACACCGGACGAUAUCCUGUGUCGGGAAGAACUCGAGACACUCGCCCGGGCGUUUCCCACAAGAUUCCAAGUGUGGUAUACCGUAGAUCGGACGACCACGGCUAUGCCCACCAGCAACGGGUCAACCAAGGAAGCGGAAGAGACGUGGGCUUACGAUGUCGGCUUUCUCAAUAAGAAGAUGAUCGAAAAACACGGACUGUUUCCGGGACAAGAGAGCUCCACGCAAUUUUUCAUGUGCGGACCACCGCCCAUGAUCAAGUUUGCCUGUUUGCCGGCCUUACAGGAACUGGGAUUCUCGGAAAAGGAUUGGGUAAUAUUCUAG